UUUUUAUAAUAUUUAAUUUAAAUGGCAAAGAUUCAGAAGAGCCCAGGGGGAUUCCUCUGGGCGAUCUUCAUUUGAGUGUUUAUUAAGAGGAUUACUUCCUUCAGUGGAGCAUUAGGUUCGGCAGGAACUCUUGCUACAUCAACAGUUAGAAGUACAACGACACUAACUCUUACCUUUCAGAUAGGUUCAAUGGCUGCUGAUGAGUAUCUGCUUCUAUCAUUCCCAAACUCUAGAAGUUAUUUUGACAUUACAGGAACUUCUGUCACUUGACCGUAUACAUGUGGAUCAGGAUCUGCAACAUUUACGUGUGUUUGGGAUAGUUCUGCUAGAACAGUUAAAGCAACACCAGGAGGAGCAUAUACUUCAUGUUUGACUGGAACUUUUCAGCUCCAAAAUUACAUAAACAAUCUUUAUACUCAACAAGAAGGUAUCACUGGGCAAGUUUUUACAACUGGGUCUGCAACUCCGACGUAUACUCAAACUGCUUAUGUUGACUACACUGCAGCAACUGUUAGCACAGUUACUCUUGUUCCUGACUCUUUAGUGGUUGGAGCAAAUACUCCACUCACAGUUUCAUUUCAAGUUGGCGCAUUUGAUUUGACUUCAAGUUUUAAAGUUAUCAUGACGUUUCCAAGAAGAUUUUAUUUCAAUACACCAACCACGAAUCAAGGUUAUUUUGAAGGUUCGAUAACUUGUGUUAAUGCAACAAAUAAUAUCCAAGUUACACCAACUUGUAGCUUUUCUACUGCGACCAGCACAGGUGUUGCUACAGUCAGUAUCACAAAUCUUUACUCUUCUACAAUCGCUUCUGCAACAACUUAUGGAUUUAAAAUAACUAACAUCAAAAAUCCUAUUUCUACUGCUACAGUCAGUGGCUUCACUUUCUUAAUAGUUGAUCCAUCAAAUGAUGAUUACAAGAUUGCUGAGAAAACAAGCGGAAUCACCUUGGCUGUUACAACUGCGAAGACAGCAACUAUAGGGAUUUCUCCUCCUACAACUUAUACUGUGUACAGUCAACAAGCUGUUUCCUUCACGAUAUCACCUGGAAUAGAGGUUGAAGCAAAUUGAAAAAUGACAAUGGCUAUUCCCACUGAUACCCCAUGAAAUUCCGCAUUGUUUGCUUUCAACAUUCUAAGUGGAGGUGGUAGUUGUACCACAACACAAUGGACUUCAGGAUCAUGAACUGGAACUCAUCAAUCAACUCAAUCUGUAACACUUUCUUUGAAUUUGACGGCAGCUCCUCAGCUUAAAACAACAGGAUCUUUUUCUUAUACAUUGACUACCACUGGUGAUGACAGUAUUGCAACAGGAACUGCAACAAUUGCUUCUACUAGCUUCUCAACUGGGAGCAUUACCUCAUUUGUCUUCACUCAUGUGACUUCAGCAAGUACUGUGGUUCAAGAGACUACUCAAUGGAAACUAGGAUUUACCCUAGCACAUGCUUUGACCAAUCCUUGGGUUAUUACAGUGACUUACCCAAACAGUGAAUUCACCAUCACCAGUUGAACAGGUCCUACAAAUCUGAUCGGAUUUUCUUCUGGGACUACUUGAUCAGUUUCAUCUAAUACUUUAACCAUUCAAGGAAGCUAUGCACUCUCAGCAGGGACCAAAUCCUUUGAAAAUGUUGUUGGCACAAACCCAACUGCUGUCUUUAACACAGGAUCUUUUACUGUAAAUUCUUACAACAACAUUUCGUCAACAAAUUAUGCAGUCGAUGUGUAUGAUAGUAGUGAUACAUCAUUCACUAAUCCAUUUCAAGCAACUGCCCAAACAUUGACUUCCAUUGCUGUUGCUGUCAAUACUCCUGGGACUAACUCGGUGACUGGACUGACUCCUGUUCAAUAUGAUUUCACCAUUGGGCAUAAAUCUAACCUUCUGACCUCUUAUCAAGUAAGAGUACAAGUACCUAUUGCUGGUUCUGGAGAUAACUGUUUGACAAUGUAUGAUGCUUCAAGUGCUAAUGUGACCUCAAUGUUGAUUCCUAGUGCUAUUACUGCUGCUAAAGACAAUACCACUCCUCUUACAUUCAGUUAUAACAAUUUCAAAAAUCCAAGGAAAACAACUUCGAUAUGCCAGUCGUUCACUGUUUCCAUCACCGAUAGUUCAGGAAAUGCACUUGAAAGUGGGACUGGAGGAAGUAUUACUAUAACCACUGCCAACACGCUUUCUUCUUUUUCGAUAACUCCGAAUCCAACUAAUUUAGUCAAUGGAGGAUCAGCUGAAUACACUAUUGCUAGUACUGCGAAUUCAAAUACUCCUCUCAUUGUUGGCGACAAGUAUAUUAUCACAUUUCCGAGUGACAUCAGCAUUGCAAGUGCUACAAUGUGAAGUGCCUGCGCAAGAGUUUCAAGCACUGUGCUAACUUACACUGUAGCCACUGCUGGUACCUCUAUAUCUUUUUCAGUGUCAGGUAUAAUUGUACAGUCAAGCACAAGGCCAGUUUCGACUGCAGUCAGUGUGAGUGUGGUAGCAUCUACAAGUGAUACUCAUGUGAUAAGCACUCAUUCAUCAACUACUAUUCCAACGACAUCUGUUGCAGGAACUUUGACUUCUCCAGGCUUGACCCAGGGUUCCAGUGUUGCUAAUACAGCAACUACCUACACUUUUACCUUCACUCUUGCCAAUAAGAUACCAGCAGGAGGAGUCUUUGUAAUUGAAAAUACUCCUACUCUUACAUUUGCUUUUGAUGCUACCAUAGGAUGUGGCGCAGGAGCUGUUGGAGAUCUUGGGCAAUGCACAGAUAGCUCAGGAACUGUUGUUGUACCAGUUGUUAAUGAAUUACCAGCUUCAAGAACUGUUACAGUUUCUGUUGGAAAUUACACAAACCCAACCACGCCAACCUCCACUUCAUUUACUAUCAGAACUUAUGCUGACUCUGGUAGAACCUACAUUAUUGAUCAAGUCGCCACUGGUAUGGUGCCUUCUCUUGAAUGUAAUUAUCCAUGUAAAACUUGCCAAGUAGCCGAUAAGUCAGCCUGUUUAUCUUGUUUUACAACUAUUACUUCUAUUCCUGAGAAGUAUCAUACUUCCACAGCAAAUACUUGUACUUCAUCUUGUGCGACAGAUCAUACUGCAAACAGCACUGAUUUUACAUGCACAGCUUGUAAUACUAACUGAGCUACUUGAGUUACUGGAGGUGCUGCUAAUGCUGCUAGAUGUGCAACAUGAUCGGCAGGGAGAUUUUUGUACAGCGAAAACUGUUAUGAUUCCUGAGCAGAUGUCACUGCUAAACCAACAUAUACAUCAGGAUCUACUUGUGUAGACUGAGACUCUACUUGUAAUACAUGUAGUGGGAGUUCAGCAACCAAUUGUUUAUCAUGUACUGGAUCAUUGAACUUGAACACUGCAACAAAUCAAUGUACUAGUACAUGACCAACCAACACUGUUGCUAUUUCAAAUAGAUGCGAAACUUGCACUAAUAACUGUGCUGAAUGAAGUGUUAGCACUUCAAACUGUACAGCCUGCUCUUCUCCAAAUAAAAUUCUUCAUCAAAACCAAUGUUUGGCGAGUUGCCCAACUGGAACUAUAGCUAACAGUACAGGAGAUGGAUGUGAUUCGUGUACAGGUAACUGAGAAACUUGAUCCGGAACAACAAGUACAUGACUAACUUGUAUUGGUAGUCUUUUAUUAGAAGGAGUAACUUGCCAAGCAUCGUGCUCAUCUGGAAGAACUAACAUCACCAAUGAAUGCUUACUUUGAAUUGGCUGAGAGAAUUGAUCUGGAAGUCAGACAACUUGCACUUCUUGUACAUCCCCAACAAUGCUGCACAAUAGUGCUUGAGUUAACCCUUGUCCAACUGGAUACCAAGCAAACACUGCAGGGACCGCUUGAGAAGUUUCUCCUACUGAUACCACUACAGAGCCAACUACUACUACAAAUACGACUACUACAACUUCUUCGAAUAGUUACAAUAUUGUGCCGUUUCCGUUCUUAAUCUUUGCUCUCUUCUUGCUUAUAGUGGCAAUUAUUGGUUGAGUCAAGGAUCCGAGGUCACUAAUUGCAACAAGUUUCAUUGCCUUCUUGUCUAUUCUGCAGUUUAUAUACUACUGUACGCAGAUAUUCCAUGCAUAUUGGAAGAGCGAAACCCAGGUUCUUAUGCUAACCGUACUUGCACUUCUAGGACUGGUUCUUUGAAAUAUCCUCAUGAGUCUCAUCUUCUGCUGAAUUGUUUGUAGAAAUAACAAUUUCAAGUCCUGGUCAAGUUCUUACAAGAAAACUAGGUGUUGAAUCCAGUUCUUUGGAUUAGUGGUAAACUUCAAGUUCUUAAAGCUAUAUUACAGCUGUUUCUUUGGAAUGGAGCACUUCUGGGCAGGAUUUGAUAAUAUAAUGAGAUUUAUCAAUUAUAUGACCUUUAUGUGAGUCAUUCACAUCAUUUGAUCCAUUAUUCCUUGCCUUGCAGCUGAUGCGCUUGGUCUAAUGAGUCUCACUUGGGGAACCCAGCUCUAUAUUACUCUAAUUGAAACAGCAAUUCUCGAAGUGAUUAUGAUCUUAUUCUUAAUCUAUGAAUUCUGCAAUACAAGAAAGCUGAAUGAGAGAGGAGAAUAUGCCAAAGUAAAUGUUGAACCUAAUAUGUCAAAGCUGGAAGAAAUUGACGAAUCCUCAGAGAAAAUUGAACAAAAGAUGAGACAAGAAGCUCUCAAAAAAAUCAUUGAAAUGAUGAAAGGGAACAAAGGCAUUGGAAUGAACAACAAUAUUGAAGAUUGCAUUGAUGAUGAUGACAGAUUUAAAAGAAGAAAUUCUUUGCCAGCUUAUGGGAAUCCAAUAGAAGAGCUUUCAGAUAGACCUAGAUCAUAUCCUUUAUCUCCAAGAGCCAGGAGAGAAAUCGAAGAUCCUUUAAUCAACCCUCUUGCGCUUGGGUUCGAUAGAGAUGACGAUUUUUGGGUACCACAGGACAAUGUGUAUGCAGAGAGCAAGCCUCCAAAUCCUCUUGGAAAGAUUGGGAAGUCAUAUAAAGACGGAGAUACACAAACCUUCAUGGUUGGAGGAGACCAUGACAUCCCAUUCAGAGAUGAUGACUCUGAUGACAGCAGACCAGCUCGUCAUGGCAGAAAGCCAGGAAGAGGUAGAGGAAGGAGAGGAAGGCUAGAAGAUAAGAUCAUUGAAGAAAAUCAGUACCUUGACCAAGAUUCUGAUGCUGUUGAUGAUGAAGAACUUGAUGUCAUUAAAGAAGAGGAUGAUAUAGGAGCAACUUAUGGAAGCCCGAAGAAGUUGCAAAAAGGACUUAACAAAAAUCUGAUUGAUGAAGAAGAACUCAGGAGAAAGAUUGCUGAAGAAGACAACCAGUUCCUUGAAGAAGAGAAGAAGCUAGCUGAGAAGGAAGGAGAAGACAACUUAAUCAAAGAAGCUGAAGAGGAACUUUCAAAAUCGAAAAUCGGUUUCAAUAGCCCACCAAGUGCUUCUGAUAAGUCUAAUCUGCUGAAUGAUACAGAUGUAAAAAUUGUACCGGUUCCUUUGAAUUCUUCAACAACGAACAUUGACGGAAUGCAAAUACCUCCGUCUGCUGAGAAGAGAACCUUCAAUGAGAAUGAUAUUAAGGGAGAUUUGGAACCCAACCAUGAAGGAGUUAUAGCUCCAGUUGCCCUUCCGAAUGGAAAUCUUGUUGACAAAUACGGAAGAAGAGUCAAUGAAAAAGGAUAUCUUAUUGAUGAAAAUGGCAAUGUUAUUGAUACCAAGACUGAGAAAGAGAUGUUCAAUAAAGAUAAACUUGAUGCAAGAGGAGACAUCCCUCAGCCCUUUAACUUAGAGAGAUAUAACUUCAACCCUCAUGAUAUCACAGGAGCUUUUGCUGUGGGUAAGAACGGAAAACCGAUUCUUCAAGAAACCCCUGAUGGUAAACUUGCAGAUGAUUCUGGAAAACAAGUGAAUGAGAAAGGAAUUCUCAUUGAUGAAGAUGGCAAUGUUACUGACAAGUAUGGAAGGAAGAAGCUAGACAAAGAUCAGCUUACCAACAAAGGAGACCUACCUCCCAUGCUAAACUAUAGUGGAAAGCAAUAUAAGGUCUUUGACGUCAUGGGAAGAUAUGAUAAAGACCCAAGAGGAGACAUUAUCUUAGAACGCAAUGAAAAAGGACAAAUUGUUGAUAAAAAGGGAAGAAGAUGCAAUGAUAAAGGAUACCUGACAGACCCAGAUGGAAACAUUGUUGACAACAAAGGAAACAGAAUCUGGGAUAAAGAGCAUCUAUAUGAAGGAGAGUUCCCAAAGAUAUUCCCAUUCUCCCUCUUCAAUCCUGAUACAAUCAAAGGAAAUUUUAAGAGAGACAAGGACGGAAAGCCAAUUUUGAAACCUGCCGAGAAGCCAGGCCAAUUUUAUGAUGAUGACGGCAAUCUUGUAAACAAGCAUGGAUAUCUCAUCGACCCAGAUGGUAACAUAAUCGAUAAAAAUGGAAAUAUUGUUUUUAAGAAGGAUAUCCUAAAAGAUGGAGAAAUUCCGCCAGUCUUUAGAAAUGGCAUGAUAAGGCAGAACUCUUCAUCCUCCUUAUCCAAACUGAUGAGCGAAAUCGACAAGGAACAGGACUCAGACCUUGACAUCCUAAAAGAUUUCGAUGAGGAAGAGAAAGGAAAUACUUCAGUUGAUUCACUAAUGGAGGAUACUCCCAGUAAUUACAACAUCGCCAAUCAGAGAUUUGACAGGCCUAAAUAUAAGAAAGAGCCUGAAGAGAAAUAUAAUGAAGAGGAAGAAUAUUAUGAUGACUCAGAGAACGAUUACGAUGAAGGAGAAGAAGAUGAAGAUGAUGACGAUGACGAUGAUAAUGAUUCCAUCACUGGCCCUGCAGGAGUCCCAAUACUAAACGCAAGACAACCUCGAGGAAAAAUUCUUAAAAAGAAGAAGAAAAAGAAGAGGAGAAGAAGAAAGAAGCCCAAGCAAGAAUAUGAAGAUCCUACUGCUGCAGAUUAUGCGAUGGCCAAAGCAUAUGGAGGAGAGGCAAAAGGAAGACCAGCGAGAAAAUAUAAGAGAAAAAUGUCAGGAAGAUCCACCUCCUCCAGAGCAAGCAGAGGGUUCAGCAGACCGGCAAGAAGAGAUAAAAUAUUCAAAGGAGCUGGAAGCGUUUCUGGAAGAGAUAACGAUCAAUUAAGAACUCUAAGAUCUGAACACUCAAAAGGAGGACUUGGAAAGACUGGACUGACGAGCAAGAAAUUCAACAAGAAAAGAGGUCCGAUCAGCAAAGCUUCUAAUCAGGACUUCGAUAAGGUGUAUGACAGAAAAUUAGACGAAUUCUUAGAAAACAGUAGUUAUGAAUUUGAAUCUCUUGGCCCUCCAUCCAGAGCGAUGUCAAGACAAGGAAGUGCAAAAGGAGAUCACAAACUCAAGGGACUUGAGAGUAUCUAUCUCCAAAGACUCGAGGCUAACCCAACUAAAAAUAAAAAGAAAAAGAAGAGAGGUAAGAAGGAUGGAGAAUUUAUGGGCAGUGAGUUAUCAGAACAAGACGACUUAGCCGGAUUGAUAGAAGAUAACUACAAAAAGAUGAAAAAGAAGUUCGCUCCGGCUAGUGCUAGAAAAAGAGGCAGAAGUCAGGCUCCAGAAUCCAACCAGCCAAAUAUCUUCACUGGAAACUUUGAUAAGUACGCCAAAGAUAAGAAGUUAGACGUAGGGGAAAAUUUCUAAUCAGUAUCAGGACUUCAAAAGUUAGUCAAUAUAAUAUUCAAU